GAAGGACUUAGAUUAUACUAAGAUUAUACUAAGGAUGGACACAGAGAGAGGGGAAAGAGAAGGGGAGCCGGCUGACCCCACUGGAGCCCUGUGUCCUGGGUGGGGGCAGGCUGCUACCAGUUCCCGUGUGGAAGUCUGUCUGGGUGGGAGAUGGGAGGGCCGGCUGGAGGCAGGGGCCAAACUGUUCUGUAGAUGAUCAUGGGGUAGGGAGGACAGAGGCACGGGGGAAGACCCCCAAAUAGGUCCCCUACGGGAGCUUGCUUGAGGAUGCUCAUCGCCACUGUGCUGUCGUGGGGAGCUGGAAGAGGCCUGGGGGUCCAUCACAGGGAGAGUGGGUAAGAGAGAGAAGGGGAUACCCACCGCCGGGUCUAUUCAGAUGACAGAUGCCGUGUGAGACGUACACAGGGCAACGUGAAUGAUGCUUACGGACGCUGAACACACAUUUGGCAAGCGCGCACACAACCAAAAAGCAGCGCAUCAAACACGCUGGAAUAGUUGCCUGUGGUGGGGAGCAAUGGAGUGGGACAUAGAAUUAAAAGGGAAUAAAUGAAUAAAUAGAAUCAAAGAGAGGUCUUGCACAGACAAGUGUCUGUCCCGAACUGAAAAUUAUGAUUAACUUGUCCCUCUGAACCCAAGGCCUGAAAAGUGGACGUAGGAAAAAAGUAUAAGAGAAAGAGUAAGAAAGCCCAGGUCUAGCCUGAGUCUUGUUACUAACUUGCUGUGUGACCAUAGGCAAGCCCCUUCACCUCUCUGUGCCUAGUUUCCACGGGUUAAAAAAAAAAAAUCAAUUUUCAGAUCUCUUCCAGCUCUGAGUUUUUGUGAACCACAAUGAAUGAUCUUGGGUUACCUGGUAAAGAAGCCAAUAAAAGCUUUAUGGAGUGGUAGGGCUUGAACUUUAAAAAUGGGGGGUUUGGGAGACAUAAAGAAAAGGAGGGUAGUUCUCAAGCAGGGGAAACAUUGAAAGCAAAGCCAUGAAGAUUACAGCAGAUGGCUAUGAAAAGUCUGACCGAGGGCUCAGUGUAUCUGGCGGGGCCUUAGCCCAGUUCUUCCCUGGGACUCCCUAGCCUGGCUGGGGAUACCACCUGCAAUCCAACAGCCAAGUCAGAGACCUUUCAGUCCUCCCAGUUCAGGUGUUCACCAGUUACCAAAUCAUGUCUACCCACCCCGAUUCCCACUCUAAUGCCACCCUAGUCCCAGGCUUCAAGCCUGGCCUCUACUAUGGACCAUUCUUCCUCCAUUCCCCCAGAGUAUUCUUUCUUUACCUCAAGACUGACCACGUCACUUCUGGGCGUGUGAUCCUUCGACCUGCCCUGACCUCAGCUGAGGUUCUCCACCUUUGUUCUGCUGCUGCACCUUUUGAAUAUAAACACAGCCAUCAGCAAUGCUGCUCAACACAGACACUGAUUCUCACCCAGAGAAGAUGUCAGAAUUCCAAAGUCUUAGGGAGAGGGGACAGUGAGAAUCCCUGGCUGUAGGACACGGCCUUUAUCACAUCAUUCAGAACAUCUUGAAUGAUGCCCUUGAACCAGCACUUCCCACUGCUCCAGCUCCAGUUCCAUCACUCCCUGACCCUCACAAGUUAAGCUCCAAGCAAUUUUUAGUUCCGUGAAUGUGAACACAUCACGCAUACUCACAGUUCUGUGGCUUUGCCCAUCUUGUUCCCUCUGCCUGGAAUAUACCAGUUCCUCCACCACCAACCUGUCUGCCUUGCAAAUCCUACUCACCCUGCAAAACCCAGCUCAGAUGCCACCUCCUCUGAGCAGCCCUCUCUACUUCUUCUUACACAGACAGAACUAAUACCCCCGUUUGUGCCACCCUGCACCAUGAAUAUGCCUGAGGAUUUUCAUGCCUCCCACAGUGCUGUCAUUGAGUCCUGGUCUAUGUCCCUGAUAGACCCCUGAUAGGCUGUGACUCCUUGCAGGUGUGCACAGUAUGGUGGAUUUAUCAUUGCAUCCCCUGCACCAGCCCAGUACCAACACAUGGGGCCAUAGUGCAAGUUUGUUCCAUUGGGUUUAAUAUGUGUUUGGCAGGUAAUGGUUCUUCCUUUUUACUCCCCACAGAAAACAAGUGAUUGCUUUUCUUUCCUCAUUUUUGGAAGCCCUGCCUACCACACAGCUGCAGUGGACAUCCCGGUUCCUUGAUGGACGAAGAAGGCCAACUGACCCAGCCUCAAGACCAGAGCUGCUGGGCCACCCUGCCCGAUGUGUGCCUACAUCGUAUUUUCUGGUGGCUGGGAGACAAGGACAGGUCCAGAGCAGCCCUUGUCUGCAGAAGGUGGAACCAGAUGAUGUAUUCGGCCGACCUCUGGCGAUACAGGGCCAUCACGUUUAGUGGGAGACAUUCCAGGGUACACGCGUACGAAUUUGAGUCGGCUGUUUGGUAUGUUAAGAAAUUUGGUCGUUAUCUGGAGCACCUGGAGAUCAAAUUCCUGACUCCUUACAGCGUUGUCCUGACCAAGAAGUUCCAGGUCACCAUGCAAGGCCUUCUGUCGUGUCUGGGCAAGAGAAACAACCGUCUGAAAUCUCUCUCCAUCCAGUACCUGGAACUGGACCGCCUGGUCUGGAGGAACAGCGUCAGAAGCUUGUUCUUGAAAAGCUUGAGCUCCUUCUUGAAGAAAAUGGGCAAACACCUGGAUCAUCUCAACCUAAAAGGGGCCAGGCUCACCGUGGAGCAGGGCUGCCACAUCCUCAACUCCCUGAGCUACUUACGGACAGAGAGUGCGGUGUCAGAGCUCAACAUCGAGGACUAUUUCAGCCACCGCCUCGCUGUCUACAGCAGCCCCCAGUUCAACCAGACCAUGGCCACGUUCCGCAACCUGGUGUCCCUGACCCUCAACUACAACUGCAUCUCCGAUGAGCUGCUGGAGAACUUGGGUGAGAACAAUGCCGGCACCCUCUGGAGCAUGAACAUCAAGUGCCACGUUCAUGACCCCCACGGGCAGGUCGUCUGGGGCAUGUCCUGGGCCAAGCUGGCCAGGUACGCCACCAAGCUGAAAGUCAACUUCGUCUUUGAGAAAGUCGUGCAGUAUGAGCGCUUGGCCCGGAUCCUCCUACAGGAGAUCCCGAUCAGGAGCAUCAGUCUGCGAAACUGCUCUUUCAGCAACCCCGACUGGUCCAUGAAGCCCACUCUGACGGAUCUCCUGCCCACCUUCCGGCACACUCUGCAGAAACUAAGUUUUGAGUUCAACAACAACCAUGAGUCUCUGGACGAGGAGCUGCACCUCCUCAUCUUAUCCUGCAGGGAGUUGUUUUACUUCAACAUCUGGGCUUUCCUUGAUGUUAACUUUGUGGAGCAGAUCCUGAAGAGUCAGGAAGAAGGGCGGUGUGCCCUGCGCACACUCAAGCCACAGAACUGAAAGCCCAAAGCCGCUUGGAGCAGUGUCUUACUCGGGGACCCUGACUCUUGCUAAUCUCCCUCCGGAAAAGGUGUAAGUAGCCAGAGAGCAAAUGGAGCUGCAUUUUCCUCUGACUGUCAGCGUCAGUUCAGAAACACUUUCUAUCCCGGCUGACCUUCACGUGAGAGCCUUCUGCCACUGACGCUGGCCAGGCCUGAUCUCAGAUGAAAGAAAUUCACCAGCACAUCCUAGAGUGAAGCAGGGAAAUUCCCUUGUUUAGAAGGAGCCUGCUCAGAGCGGGAACUCCCUCCCACAGGAGAUCAGCCCCUAAUUUAUCAGUGUUGUGGACUUGUGUCUCCCACAUCUGCUUUUCUGGGGUCUCCUUUAUUCCCCAUCCAGGCAGCAUGGCGCCCAGCCUGCUACAAACGUUCAGUUCUCAUGUGGGGCUGAACCAGAAGUGGCCUUUACACUCAUAUUCACAAAGAAUCUGUAAUGUCCUGGAGAACUAUUCCUAAUGUGAUGUUAAGUGAAACUGUGUUUAGCGUGAUACCGAUCAUGUAAAAACACAAACACAGUUUUGUGGGUUUUUUUGCAGUACGCGGGCCUCCCACUGUUGUGGCCUCUCCCAUUGCAGAGCACAGGCUCCGGACGCGCAGGCCCAGCGGCCAUGGCUCACGGGCCCAGCCGCUCCGCGGCAUGUGGGAUCUUCCCGGACCGGGGCACGAACCCGCGUCCCCUGCAUCUGCAGGCGGACUCUCAACCACUGCGCCACCAGGGAAGCCCUACAGGGGUUUUUUUAAGCAUAGAAGAGAUAUACCAAAAAUCUUAAUAGUUAUCUCUGGGUGGUGGGAUUAUGGGUGAUUUUUAUUUCCCUUUUCAUGCUUUCCCCUAUCUCUCAAAUUUUCUACAAAGACCAUGUGUUAUUUUUAUAGUCACAGGGAAAUCUGAUGGGUUUUAAACGGGGAAUAAGGGUAAAUUCCUGAGCCCAUGCCAUUGACAUAGAUUGCUUUUGGUCUUUUGAGAUUUUUGUGCAUAUAGUUGCUUAUGGGGGGGUUUCCAAUAGAUAAAAAUGAAUGUAUCUCAGAA